CGUUUUGUAAAACUUCUUAAAUAUUUUUAAAACAAAGUAAUAAAAUGUUGUGUCCCGAAGGUGCUCAACUUCAAAUUGAGAACUCUUUAAAGAAUGAGGAAAAUGCUUGUAGUAAGAAAAACAAUGUUGAAGGUCCGGAUAACUUGGAACUGAAUGCUUAUAAAACUUCUAAAAGCUGGAAGAAAUCUAUUACAAAUUUUUUUCGAAAUCAACUUCGAUCUACUAAAUCAAAUGAUGGCGAUCGACCAACGGGUAAACAAGAUCCAUUUGAAGAGAAGGAGAUAGCUCCUGAGCAAAAAUGGCAAUCGUUGGGAAAAGUUUUUAAGCGUCAAAGUUUUGCUGAGCACUGGCGGAAUUCUCCAGUUCAGCAGGGAGAAUCUUCAUCUCAAAACAAACGUCAUGCUAUUCGGAAAGUGUUUUCUAGCUAUUUGGGGAAAUCUCAAAAAUGUAAAUCUGAUUCACUUGAAAAUUAA